UUAUAUACCUGUAUGGUAGGAGGACGCUUAACAAGUAAUGCUUAACUAUUGAAAUAGUAUGGCUAUUUAUAUAUUUUGAAAGACAUUAAUCUGUGUGUAUGGGGGAAAAUGGAGUUUUUAGAAAAAACGGAUUUCAUCUUGAUUGGAGACUAGCUGGUGAGAUCUGGUGCAAAUAAUUGUAAAGAUAGUUGUGAUUUUUGUUCUUUGUUUAUAUAUUGGUGCACAAAUUAAAAUGACAAGUUCAGUCAAUGGUUUUGAUGGUGGGUAUUCGGUGUUGCCACCUAUACUCAGUACCAGUAACUCUCAAGAGAACCUGGAUAUAAAUAGCAACAGUGUUGAUAAAAAUAGUAACAAUGUGGAUAAAAAUAGUAACAAUUCAGACAAGAACAAUACUAGUGAUAUAAAUAGUAACAAGACAGGAAAAGGAACUGAUGAUGGCAUAUCUUUGCCAGAGGCACCUUUUAGUUCUAUUUUGCAAAGCAGAAGGCCAACAUACUCUGAUGAAAAUAGUUUUGACAAAGAUGAAAAUGUCAGGUUGGAGGAGGAGAUCAAAUUACACCAUCUCGAACAGUUAAUGAACCGGUUCAGUAAACAUAAACCGGAUGACAUUCUCAUACAAGCUGGAACCGGAUUCUUUCCCGCCAAAACUCAGGCCCGAAUUCCGGGACGCAUGAAUCUCAAAGAAUUUAAACAGACUGUGUCAGAGGUCCUAGCUACGGAUGAGUACGAUGAUUAUCUAGAGAAAUUAUUUAUGAAGCUUGACUCUUCAGUAAGUGGUUAUGUUGACUGGAAUGAGUUUUGUACAUAUCUUCUGCUACUGUACAGAGAGAAUGAUUACAUGCGAACAAAGCGGGAAAUCCCCUUUCUUGUGGAACCGAAAAUCAGACAUAUUGUUCAGAAUAGGCAAGAACAAACAACAAAAAUAGUUGCAGUAGAUGGCCCUACAAGAUAUGUAACAGUUAGCAGGGAAGGUGCAAUAAGUGUAUGGUAUCCCAGCAUGCAGUAUGACAAAUAUUACGUAAUCAGUGACAACGAGGAGGACACCAGUCAGAAAAGAAGAUUCAAAAUGUGGGUCACAGAUGCCAUCUUUAUGCCAAACUGCCAUAAAAUAGCCAUAGCUUCCACUAGCAGGGAUAUAAGGUUCUUUGAUACUUCAACAGCUCAAUAUUUUGAAGAAUAUCAUUUAUUUGCAUUACCAGAUGUACCGUAUUGUUUUGACUACUGGUAUGACAAGAGGAAUCCUAACUCGGAAUCUCUGCUCAUCUUUGGCAACGAUACAGGGGCUAUAAAUCUUAUGUACUUUAGUAAACCAGUCACACAACUCUUUGAUAUUCCAUUCAAAAGUGAUGGUGGUGCACAUAAGAUAUUUAUGCAGAAUUUAGAUCAACAUUCGAGGUAUAUACGCCAUACAGUGAUACCGGAUGUUCAUCCGGAACUUAUACGUCAGGUGCAAUAUCUACCGGACAAUAACAUGAUUAUAUCAUCAUGUGCCAACCCGAGUAAAUCUAUGAUCAUAUCUGAUAUAAAGUGUCUUAAGAAAAGCUAUGUGUUCAAAAUUGAUAAGGGUGUAGAAUGUUUUGACUUUAGUAAGAAGUUAAAUAUUCUUGUCACUGGAAGUCUGGACCACUGUAUACGGCUUUGGAACCCGUAUGUUACAUCUAAACCAAUGGCUGUACUUGAAGGUCACGGCACAGGUGUAAUUGGUGUCAAAAUACAUGAAGGGCUUUUACAAGUGUUUAGUUAUUCAAAAGAUGCUGUUGUAAAAGUCUGGGAUAUAAAAGAACAUGCCAUAUUACAAACAGUAGUGUUAAAGUUUCCAAGCAGUAUACAUGGACGUAUGCCGGAACACGGACAGUUUCCCAUCCAUCUACAGCCCUCACCUCAGAGUUCUCUCCUUGUCACGUGCAAUGAUUAUAUAGGACUGUUGAAACUAGGUCGCACGAGUAUACCAAGAAGUGAGACAGUGAAUACUCAUGAUACACAGCUAUGUUGUGCCAUAUAUAACCCUGUGUUUAAACAAGUAGCAACAGGAUGUGACUCUUCAGUAAUUGCAUUGUGGGAUAUUGAAACAGGAAAUAAGUCUGUGGUAUUCUCCAAUGCUCAUGGGGAGGAGGAAAUCACAUGUAUGACCUUUGACACAACAUAUAGGAGGCUUUUCUCAGGGGCCAGAAAUGGGACAAUCAAGGUUUGGAACUUCCAAAAUGGUCACAAUCUACAUAAACUAGAGGCUGUAGCGGAGGCAGAGGUUACAGGAAUUAUGCCCCUUGUUGACAAGAAAGUCAUACUGUCUGUUGGCUGGAGCCGGCAGAUCACAAUCUAUGACGACUCCGAUCCUGAUAGUAUGUAUUUACAAGCUCAGAAGAACUGGAAAGGUGGUCAACUUCACAAAGAUGAUAUCUUGACCAUUGACUUUUGUCCACCUAACCUCCUAUGUACAGCAAGUUUUGAUGGUGAAAUCAUAGUGUGGGAUGUAGAAACAGAGAAAAUAUUUGUCAGGCUACGUAAAGGCCAGGUCUCAAACCUUGAAAGGUUGGAGUAUGAACGGGCUAAAAAGAUUGAGAACAUGGCAUCUCAGGCUGCUGAUGGGAGUCGACCAAGAUCUAUGAACUCUCGUCCAAACUCCCGCCAUCAGAAAUCCCAUCGGGUCGAGAGGGGAGAGACAUGGGAAGAACUCCUGUAUAGGUGUAGUCAAACAGCCCCUGUGGAUAAAGUGUUGUUUCUGAAAGGUCGGGCAACAGGUCGAAAUCUGGAGGUGUCUACAUUGAUCACCAGCGAAGGGGGUUAUAUCAGAUUUUGGUGUCUGUAUGGUGCCAGAAAUGAAAUGGGAUUUUUCUAUGCUCCUGAUUUUCCAGACGAGUCAGUUCUUGCCAUGUGUACCAACAACAACAACAGUUUGUUAGUUACAGGGGACACACAGGGGAAUGUGAAAGUAUGGGAUAUCAUGACCCAUUGUAUCAAGUUUCAGGACAGAGGGAGAAUCAAGGCUAAACCGCAGCUUGAGGCUGCGUGGCGUGCUCAUGAUGCUGCUAUAGUUAGUGUAGAGUUUGCCAAGCAUGACACCGGAGAUUAUGUUAUAACAGCCUCCACCGAUAAAACAGCCAGAAUAUGGACUCUUAGGGAAGGUCACUAUAUCGGAACACUCGGACAGAAAAAAUCAUGGAACCUCAAGGAUCAGAGUACCUGGGCACACCCAAAGACACCCUGGACAAUGAAUGAUGUCAGCUCCAAGAAGGAUACAGGGCUGUUGAGUUUCCUUCAAACCCAAGAUUUCAACCUGGAAGAUUCAAGCACAGCAUCAGAUGCUAAAAGUCAAGUAACAGAAAAUGACCUUGACCUUCCAGAAGAGGCAGUUGAAAGCAAGAAAGAGGCUUCUCCUGUUAAAAGUAGGUCACCUGAACAGGAAUCAACCAAUCAAAAUGGAGAAAACACAGAUGAGGUGGAAACAAAAAAUCAUCAUAAACAACCUCGAGAGUUACGACCUGUUGAUAAGUCAAAGAAAUACAAAGAUGAGUUGGGUCCAUUACGAGUAAAGUUUAGAUCACAAACCUUUGCAUAUAAUGCACUACGACCUGAGAGGUCAAAGACAUUCCUUGGUAUCCGAGUAGAAAAAGAGCUACAGAGAAAACAAGCAGAUAGGAAAGGUAGACGUGACAACUUUGGUGGCAUAAAAAUGAAGAAAACACAACAAUAUGGAAAAUUGUGUUCACCAUUCCAGGCAUUGUCUGUACCAAGCGUCAUGGAUAUAAAGAUUCCAGAGAACAUGCCUCUAAGUUCUAGAAUGAUCAACAAAGGUUAUACAUCACUAAAUCUAACUGAAGACAAACUGAUGAACAUGGAUUUUAGUUAUGGUGGACGAGAAACACCACCUGGUGAGCAAGGGGAGGCAGUAACCAGAAAAAACGUUGGUGGUAGUAGAGUGAGCAUGAGGGACGAUAAAUCACGGAACUCUGUGAGGAGCACACCCAAAAUAUAUGCUCCUGUGUUUAAAAAACAUCAUACUGUUGCUUAAAUAUAGUUUUGUUUUGUUGUAUGGAUUGUUAAAGUUGAUUUUUGAAAUAACAAAACCAAAUCUGCUUAUAUCACAAAUAAAUAGUGUAUAGAUAAUUCAUGAGCUCUAUUAAUUAUAUACUUAUUCACUUUUUGAUGUUAUUUUCUAUUAUCAUUUUAAAUUGAUAAAGCAAUGUCAUAACAUUAUUAUUGUUAUAUAAAUUGAAAAUGCUUUAACAGAUCAGUUAUACCUUUUUAAGAAUUAAUUAUUCUUUCUGAUACAAUGCAAAUAUAAAUUCUUUGUGGCAUUUUUUCGAUAUAAUGUACUGUAAGUAUUUAUCUAGAAAUGUGUUAUUUACUUGAAUUUCACAAGUGGAGGGUUGAUUGCAAAACUGCUGUAAGUCCUUCUUUAUUUCAUAUAAGUUACUGCAGUUUUGCAGUCAACCCUUACUGUAAUCGUAUACUGCUAGUUUUGACAACAUCUUACUCAUAAUCAUAGGUAUUGGACAAAAGUUUAUUUCUGUUUUAGACUUGUAAAAUGCAGAUUAGUGCAAAUUGGUUUUUCAAAAUGGCUAAGUUUCAUGUAUUAGAAAACUACAAAUUUUAUUAACAAUCGUUUUGCAGUACUAAUGAAAGAAGAUCAGAUCUCAAUUUCAAUAGAUUAAAUGUUUUGAAAUGGUAGUGUAUGUCUUGCUUUGUUCGUAUUCCUAGAACAAAUUAAUUUUUGUGUCGCCUCUACGGAGUAGUGGCGACAUAUAGGGAUCACUUCUCCGUCGUCUGUCUGUCCGUCUGUCCGUCCGUCACAAAUCUUGUCCAGACUACUCCUCAUAAACUACUGGUGCAAUGUCAUCCAAACUUUACAGGAAUGAUCAGUACCAAGUCUAGUUGUGCAUAUUGUCAGCAUUUUCCAGUUCAAUGAUUUUUGUCAGAGUUAUGGACCUUUAAUAAUUUUUAAUUUUAAAGUUUGUCCGGACUACUUCUCUUAUACCACUAAUGCAAUUUCAAUGAAACUUUACAGGAUUGAUCUGUAGCUCAAGUCCUUGCGCAUAUUGCACGGGUUUUCCGGUUGAAUGAUUUUUGGCCGAGUUAUGGCCCUUUGAUAAAAAGGUUUCUUUUUCUGUGUGUUGCCAGAUACACAAAAGCUUGUCCGGACUACUCCUCAUAAACUACUGGUGCAAUUUCAUCCAAACUUUACAGGAAUGAUCAGUACCAAGUCUAGUUGUGCAUAUUGUCAGCAUUUUCCGGUUCAAUGAUUUUUGUUUGAGUUAUGGCCCUUUAAUAAUUUUUAUUUUUAAAGUUUGUCCGGACUACUUCUCUUAUACCACUAAUGCAAUUUCAAUGAAACUUUUUAGAAUUGAUCUGUAGCUCAAGUCCUUGCGCAUAUUGCACGGGUUUUCCGGUUGAAUGAUUUUUGGCCAAGUUAUGGCCCUUCGAUAAAAAGGUGUUUUUUUCUGUGUGUUGCCAGAUACGCAAAAGCUUGUCCGGACUACUCCUCAUAAACUACUGGUGCAAUUUUAUCCAAACUUUACAGGAAUGAUCAGUACCAAGUCUAGUUGUGCACUGUCCGUCUGUCUGUCCGUCUGUAACAAAAUUUGUCCCAACAUGAAAUUGGCCAUCAUGAGGCGACACAUGUGAUUACUGAUCGCUCUUGUUAAAAAUGCCAUUGCAAUUGACUGUUUUUGAUUACUGAUAUAUAUAAAGAUGGUUAUACUAUGAUCAAAUACCUUUAAAUAUCUGUGAUUUCAUUCAUUAAAUUGUAACAUAUACUCGUAUACGAGGAAUAUAUUUUACAUAAUGGUACAUUUAUGUUCAUGCAAGUAUUUCUAAUGCGAUGAUGAAUGAGGAACAGGCCAGGCCUCAAGAAUAUAAAACUUUGCCUUCAGUUCUGUCUCAAAUCUCAUAAUUUUCAUUGGUCAAUGAACAUUCUGUGGCAAAUUCCGACCAAACAAAUGCCUGAGAUCUGUGUUUGAGCUAUGAGAUUUUUUUUAUAACAUCAAACCUGGAGGUUAUAAAUCUUUUCUCAAAUCUCAGGAUUUCCAUUGAUCAGUGAACAUUCUAUGGCAGUUUCUGACCAAUCAAAUACAUUAAAUCUGAGUUUGACCUCAGAUUAUUUCUUUAUGACCUUGGACUCAGGAUGUUUACAUAAGGACUUAUUGCUCGACUCUUAGUAAGACUUAGUAAGCUUAUGUUUUUUUUUACACACUUAUAUUCAUAAUAUAAAUAUGUAUAAAGGUUUGUAAAUUUGAUUUGGGAUAGUGAAUAUCGCUAUCUCAUCCUCAAAUACUUUUCAAGGACAAACUGAUUGCGGUGUAAUAAGGGAAAACGUGCUUAUAGUUACACUUGUUGUUCUUGAACCUAACCACUAAGGUUGUCAUGAUUGAAUAUUCGAGAUAUCUUACUUCUCAUUGAUAUUUGCUCCAUGUUUUCUGUGAUUAAAGAUAACAAUGUUUGUGUAUACAUUAUAUUAAGAUUUGAAACAUUGAAAUUAAAAAUGUUGUUUAAAUGUGUAACACCUUAUUGUUUUGCAAAUCAAACUGCUUCCUUUUGUCUUUCAUCAUUUAUAAGUGUGAUAAAGUCCUGUGAUUGAAUAACUGUUUAGAAAUGUUUUCUAUGUUAAAUAAAGUGCUAAAACAAAAA